ACAGAGCAGAGUAGGCACACACGAAAGCCUUUAAAGAUAGCGAGCUGCCGAGCUCGCAGCGGAUCGAACGGAAGAAGAGAUACUACUGCUCACUUGCUCAGCCAGCUCACCCUUCUCCUCCGACACUCCAAGCCGAGCUUGCGCGCGCUCAGGCGCGAUCAUCCAUCCAGAUCCCAAAUUGUAUCCCCUGGGCGUGGCGAGAGAAGGAUGGCGAACUCCACGCGGCCGCUGCUGGCCGCCCUGCUGCUGCCGGCGCUCCUCCUCUCCGCCGCCUCGGCCGCCGACAGCAAGAACAACCCUGCCGAUCAGCUAGUAGCAUUGGUCAACAGCAACCGUACUGCCAGCAAGGCUUCUUCUCUCUCAGAUAAUCAAGGUCUGGGAUGCAUUGCUCUGCAGUACAUCAAAGCAUAUGGAGGUCAAUGCAAACAGGUGAGCGACAAGAAGCCUAUCGAGUCCAGUUUCACCGACACGUUUGCCCCCAACUGUGGCGUCCAAGCCGCAACUCUUUCCAAGAUCACCGGGAGGCUUGUGGUGUGCCAGUCCAACUACGCGUCUCCAGCUGAGGCCUUCAACAUCCUGAUUAAUGACGCAAAGGGCCUUCAGGUAUUGCAUAGCAAGAACCACACGGAGGUCGGAGCAGCUGUCAGUGGCACUGAUGGCGGUGGGCCGUACUUCUGGUGUGUCCUGUUUAGCGAUGGGAAGCCAAGUACCAGUUUCAAGGUGGAUGGCGAAGUGCCUAAGACUGCCCAUCCAGGAUGCUUCAGUGGCAACAAUGACGACUGCAUGGGUGCCAAGAACGGUGCCGUUUCAAUGAAUGUUGGUACAUUGAGGCUGGUGGCAGCCCUUCUUUUUGCUAUAGCUUGUGCUUUUGCUCUGUGAGGUUGAGUAGGGAUGCUCUGUUGCGUCAUUCUUUUGAUUUGUGAAACGAGUAGAAAACCAUCUUGUUGCAGUGACACACCAUUCUUUCACUUAUUUGAGCAGAUUGAACUUUGUAAGGAGACAGAACCGUUGUCAGCAUUUGAGACUACAUGUUACCUGUUCAGAAUGCUCAGUCAAGUAAUCCUGUGUACUCUUAAAAGUUCACUGUGGCUGUAAAAGCAUUUUGAGCCAA